UCGCCAAGAAAGUAUUGGAGUGGGGAAAACACACUUUAGAUGGAUGUCCACUGACCGUAACAAGACCAGUCCAGCCAAAGAAAACGCCUUCUUUGAACGAAGAAGAAGACCCCGAACAACCUGUACAGCGGUCUAGAGUAGUCAGAGUUAYAGGGAUUUCAGRCAAAACAACCAARGACGCGUURUUGAAUUUUUUCGAGAAUACCCGACGGUCUGGAGGAGGAGAGAUAGAGGAUAUUCAGCAUAUGCCAGAGGAGAGAUUGGCUGACAUCACAUUUUGUUCUCCUGACGAUGCAGAGCGAGUUUCCCAGAAAGGAAUCCUCGAGCUUGAUGAUUCUAAGCUUACAAUGACAUUGAAAGAAAUUCCAAAAGAAAUCCCAAAAGACCCCAACAAGCUUCAUGUGAUGGGAAUAGGCGAAAAAACUACCAAGGACGGGCUCAUAUCGUUCAUGGAGGUGGUCAGCGGAGAGGAAGUAGAUAACAUGUUCUUUGGAAGUAAUUCUAAUGCACUGGUUACUUUUAAAGAACCACCUGAUAUAGACAAAGUCCAGAAGAAGUGUAGCACAAGAGCAAUUGACGGCAGCCACCUCAAGAUCGAACAGGUUAACAUAUGUGACUGUAUCGAGGUGACGGGACUCGCUCCAAACACAACCAAGGACACCGUGUUCUAUUACUUUGAUAAUCCAAAAAAUGGUGGGGAAGUGAAAAAAGUGGAAAUGGAUUCGGAUAACACACGAGCACUGGUUUUCUUCGAGGAUCCAUCAGUUGUCAACACCGUCGUUAAAACCAAUCACAAGAUAAAUGAAGCAAAGCUGAAAGUCGUUCCUUAUUACCCCUUUCUUGGAGAAUCUUUAAUCCAACCUGCUGGAGGGAAAAAAGAACGAGUAGUGAAAGUAGAUCCAAUGACGAUGGCAUUUAUUGACAAAUUCAUACAACAAGAAUUUGACCGGCUUCUGCAGGAAAGUCGAGUAAAGUACACGUGGCAGCAAGGUUCAGAUGAGAUUUUCCUUGCUUGUGCUGAACCCAAGAUGGACAAGAAGACAUGGGAGAAUUCAUGUGAAGCUGUUGUAACCUUCAUCAACCAAAUUGUGACAGAAAAGAUCACCGUGUCCCAAGAGGCCUGGAACGAGAUUUGUGAAAAAGCAAAAGAAAAAUGUGCAACUUUUAAAACAAGAUUGGAUGUUAGGUACAAGGAAAGAGAACGUUCAAUCACGUUAACAGGCAAGAAAUCCGACGUGUCUGUAUUAGCAGAGGGCCUGAACGAUUUAAACUCUGAGAUUCAAAAGCAAAUAGAAUUCGAGAAAAACAAGAUUUCCAAGAGUCUUUCCCUCACACAGGCGCAAAUAGAUUUGUUGAGCUUUAGUGGAUUUGUAGAAGAUCUGCAAACAAGAUGUAAAGAUCUUGAAAUAACAUUUUCGAAAAAGAACGGUUCUAUUGACUUCAGGGGACCAGAUGCUGUGGUGAAGGAAGGUAACAUUACCGUUUGGCAAACACUGUCCAGAGUGAAAGAAGUGGAUAUGGAACUACCUAAAUCCAUAGUUGGUAUUAUUGUUUCUCAAGCAGGAAAAGUAUUCAUGGCAGCAAAGUUCAAAAAAGAAUACAUCGAUGCCGUUGUAAAUUGUGACCCAAAUUCUGACAAUCAGCUAGUAGUGACAGCAGUUGAUCGAAAAGAUGCAAAAAAAGCAGUUGUUCUCAUCAAAGAUUUGACAUCAGAACAAAGCAUCCCUCUUGAUGAUCAUCAAAAGCAACUCCUUAACUCAGAGAAAUGGAAACAGCUGAAGCAUUCCAUCCAACAGUCGAUGCUGUUACAAGCAAAGGAAGAACUAGCAGCAAGUACAUUGUGGAUAGCUGGUAUCAAGGAAGAGGUAGACAAAGCUAAAGAAAAAAUAGAUGGCUUUUUUGAAGAAAACAUUAUUCUAGAAAAUGUCAUUAAUGCUGACAAUGGUCGCCUCAAGUUCAUUUUUAAAUACAAAAAAGAUGCCAUACAAAAUAUGGAAAAGUCGUUUACCAACCAGUCCGUGAAGAUCAUUAAGAAAACUGAUGAAGAGGACGGAAUGAGUGCACUUGUAGUGUGUGGUACCAGAGAUGGGAUCCAGAAAGCUGUUCCAAACGUUCAAAAACUAAUCAAUGAGAUCAAGGAUCGUAAAGUACAUCUGGACGAACCAGGAAUGAAAAGGCUUUUCAGCAAAAGGAAGGGGAUCACUCAGUUGUCAGUUGUUGAAAAUGAGCAUGACUGCAUAAUAGAACGAUGUACACCAACAACUGAUACCAAACAAAAUUUUUCCAAGACCUUUCAUGGAAACAAGAGCUUGUCCAAACUUAUUUGUAGCUUCGUUACACCUGAAGAAAAGAAAAUCUUACUCUACAAGGGAGAUCUAACAGAACACAAAGUCGAUGUCAUGGUCAAUGCUAAGAAGGAUCGCUAUUUAUGUAUUUUCUUUAUAAUGCUUCAGGCCCAUGCCGUAGUUAACACAGUGGCUUCGAACCUUGAUCUGAGCAGAAACCCUUGCGCUAGAGCCCUCAGUGAUGCUGCAGGUCCACAAUUACAGCAAGAAUGUAAAGCCAAUGGGUCUUUGUCAGCUGGUCAAGUUCUCGUUACGGAUGGGUACAAUCUUGGAUGCAAAAAUGUAUUCCACGUCGUUGCAGGGGAUUGGCAAAAUGGUCAAGGGGAGCCGAUCCUGCGUUCUCUGAUCCAAUCCUGUUUUAAAGAAGCRGACAAGAGGGGAUUUUCCAGCAUCGCAUUUCCAGCCAUUGGAACAGGAAACCUUGCCUUUCCUAGAGWCGUUGUUGCCAGAGCUUUCUUCGAAGAAGCAGACGCUUUUAAGAGUAAAAAUCCUCAAAGCCCUUUGAAUGAAAUUCAUUUAGUGCUUUUCCAUAAAGAUCAACCUACUAUACAAGCCUUUCAAGACGAACUUAAAAGCAGGAAGCCCAAGGUGGCAAAGGGCAAGCGACGAAGCUACGUCUCAAAAAAUGAAGAAAACGAAUUGUUUGACCAGAGCUUCACUUCCAGAGAGCCUAUUGAAAGCUUUGUGGCAAUUUCGCAAGAAGACGUCCCGGGUUCUUCUUCAUAUAUUGGCUCUGUUCGUUUGGAAAUCGUGUCCGGAGAUAUCACUAAAGAAACMACAGAUGCUAUAGUGACAAUAUCAAACCCAAGUCUUAACGUAUCUUUUGGAGGAGGAGUGGGAGCCGCUAUUGCCAAAGCCGGUGGUCCCUCUAUACAAAAAGAAUGUAAUAAACUAGGUCCUCAAAAACCAGGAUCUGUUGUCGCGACUUCAGCCGAUCUAUGCUGCAUCCGAUAAAAACUUGAAGAAAGCAGAAACAGACAUCCUCAAUCUGAUAACAGAAAACUCUAAAACCAAAGAGAUUGAUCACAAGGCUAUUGGUAAACUGUCAGAUUCACAAAGAAGUAGGGUUAUGAGAAUGGAGAUAAAACACCACACCAAGAUACGGAUAGACCAGAGAAUCAACCGCAUUGUUAUCCGAGGGGUUGCUGARGACGUUUCUAAUGCUACUGUGGUGGAAAAGGGGUCUAUUUUGCUCUGGAUGCUUCGUACUCAGCGCGGUCAACUUAUUCUCCGCCAGAUCCCGCAGGAAACCGCUAUAUGUAUAUGGCAAGUGUGCUGGUAGGGGAGUACACAGUUGGACAAAGUAACAUGAUUACACCACCGGCGAAGAACCAAAACAAUCCUACGAUAACUUACGACACCGUAGUCAACAGUACGUCAGACCCGUCAAUCUUCGUUGUAUUCCAUGACACUCAGAACUAUCCCGAUUAUCUYAUCACGUUUAAAUAAUUUCGCAAGAUUAUGGCAGUGGGAAAUAUCUGUUAUCGUAUAGAUUAUAUAGCUAGAUAAUGAAUAAUUCGAUAAAAAUAACUAUUAUGGUGCUUACACUUAUGGUGCUAAGUAUGGCAAGUAUGUACGUAUUUGAAUUGCCCGGGCUGAAUUGCUUUGUUGUUUAAAGACAAUGCGGCCAUUCUAGUGUUAUCGUUAAUUGCCAUUUUGGUGUUAUUGUGCCAACUAUUUUAACAAUCGGG